GGUUGACCAAUGAUUGAAUAUGAUUGAGGAGAGAGUGCGGACCCCGCGAGCGAGCGCAGACAAGCCGCAGCGCGAUCGCUGAACGACUCCGCCGCACUAUGCCUUCCCUUCUCCUCUCGGCAUGGAGGCAGGCAUCGUGAGAGGAAAACACACCAGAAAGACCGGGAUCAUUCUCUGCCUGAUUGCGAUUUUUAGCAGCGCCAUCGGCCAGAAAGGUGAUGGUUGUGGACACACUGUUCUUGGUCCAGAGAGUGGAACAUUUGCAUCAAUAAAUUAUCCAGAGACGUAUCCCAAUAACACUGUUUGUGUCUGGGAGAUUCGUGUACAGCCCAAUCAGAGAAUUAUUUUUAAGUUUGGAGACUUUGACAUUGAAGACUCUACCUCUUGUCAUUUGAGUUACCUAAGGCUCUACAAUGGGAUUGGCUCAGGCCGAAGUGAAAUUGGUAAAUACUGCGGACCUGGAUUUCAGAGGGAAAAGGUUAUAGAAUCAGAGAGCAAUGAAGUCACUGUUCAGUUUAUGAGUGGGAUUCAUAUCUCUGGUCGAGGGUUCCUCGUAUCUUACUCUACGUCAAAUGAAUCAGAUCUAAUUACCUGUUUAGACAAGGGGAGCCAUUUCUCAGAGCCUGAAUUCAGCAGGUACUGUCCUGCUGGAUGCCUGACCCCUUUUGGCGACAUCUCUGGAACUAUUCCUCAUGGUUAUCGUGAUUCUUCGUUGCUAUGUAUGGCUGGUGUUCAUGCUGGUGUGGUGUCUAAUUUUCUGGGUGGCCGGAUCAAUGUUGUGAUCAGUAAAGGCAUUCCAUAUUACGAAAGCACUCUUGCAAAUAAUGUGUCCUCAAAACUAGGACCGUUAUCGGCAAAUCUGUUUACAUUCAAGACCAAUGGUUGCUAUGGAACAUUGGGAAUGGAAUCUGGCGUCAUUAGAGACAGCCAGAUCAAUGCAUCUUCAGUUCUACAGUGGCAUGAUCCUUCAGGAAAAUUCCACGUCUGGGGGCCAGAAAAAGCACGUCUGAAGAAGCCGGGCUCCCCUUGGGCUGCAUUUCACUCUGAUGAAGCCCAGUGGCUACAAAUAGACUUAAAGAAGGAAAAGAAAAUAACAGGUAUAAUUACUACAGGUUCCACCCUCGGUGAAUAUGCUUUCUAUGUCUCUGCAUACCGAAUCCUAUCCCGUGAUGAAGGAGAGGAUUGGAAGGUUUAUAAAGAACCAAACAGUGACCUGGACAAGAUUUUCCAAGGAAAUGCUAACAAUUACCAAGAGGUUCGGAACAACUUCAUCCCACCUAUUAUGGCCCGCUACAUCCAGAUCAAUCCAGUGCAGUGGCAUCAGAAGGCAGCACUAAAAGUAGAGCUGUUGGGGUGUCAGCCACUCCAACCAUCUUUGGCUCGAGCUCCAGCUCAAUCUCGACCUCCUUUGCUCAGGACAGAAAUGACUCCAAAGUUUGAAAAAACUACACUUACACCAGAUGUCAAGAAUAAUUCAGUGACUCCCAAAGUGUCCAAAGAUGUGGCGUUGGCUGCUGUCCUGGUGCCUGUAUUAGUCAUGGUGCUCACUGCUUUUAUAAUGGUCCUUGUAUGUGGCUGGCAUUGGAGAAACAGAAAGAAACCUGUUGAAGGACCAUACAGUCUGCCUUAUUGGGAUCGAGCAGGCUGGUGGAAGGGAAUGAAGCAGUUUUUGCCUGCAAAGAACGCUGAGUUUGACGACGCUUCAGUGCGCUACACCAGCAGUGAGAUGAACCGGCUGAGAGCCCGAAAUGGCAGUACAGUGAUCCAGACAGAAUCUGCAGAGUAUGCCCAGCCACUUGUGGCAGGAGUUGCAGGAACAUUACGGCAGAAGUCCACUUUCAAACCAGAGGAAGAGUCUGAAGUAGGAUUCAGUGAUCCCGAUGGCGAUGGUCACUAUGAUGCACCUGUGUCAGAGAUUUACCAUGCCUAUGCAGAACCCUUGCCAGCUUCAAGCCCUGAAUAUGCCACUCCAAUCAUCAUGGAAAUUUCUGCACACCCAACAGGAACCUUGGGAUCUGUGGCUCCCUCCACCUUCAAAUCAGCAGUGAGCACAGUGCCGUCAUUGGUGGGUAAUGUAGGCCCCUCUUUACCCUGGACUGAGGGUCCUCCUUCAGGGCAGAUGGGCUAUGAUACACCAAAAGGAAAGAUACUCCCAGUGUCUGCAGAGGAACAAGUAUACCAGGUACCAAAUAAUGUAUCACAGAUACCAACAACGUCACAUGCUGAAUGAACUUCAGAAAGGGAACAUCACGCAGGGUGUACUUUCGUACAGAGGAGGAAGUGAGUUCAAAUGACCAUUCCCAUGGUGAAAGAAAUGAUUGUCCAAAGCUGAUGGGUAGACAUGAUGAUUGCUGAGAGACUUUUCCCUAUUACCUCUAAUGGAUGGAACAUGGAGUCUUAACUGAUUGCUAUUCUAUUGCAUGUGCCUGGAAUGUAGUUGAUUCAUACUGGCUUGGUAUUUUACAUCAUCACAUACCAAAGGGUUAGAUAAUGCAAUGCACUAAAAGGUAGAAAUGACUUUGAUUCUGUCAGUCCAUCAGGUUCAGUUUGCCUCGCUUCAUACUGAAGACUAUCCAUUGUAGCUUUUCCAUUUGAGAAACCCUUCUUAAAUUGAGAGACAUAGAUGAAUGUUAAAUCUGAGGGACAUUUCAUAUGUGCGAGGCUAAUCGGUGUAACAUCUCAUAUGUUUCAACUAAGAUAAGUCCACCUCUAGUUUGACUUCCUUGAAUCCAUUGAACAACAUUCAUGGUCUAAGUUUGGUUAGAGUCCUAGAGCAAUUUGGUAUGGGUAUAAGCUCCUACAGCCCAAGUUCAAGUUUUUUACAUUCAUGAAUGUAGCCGAAUGAAACAGUGUUUCUCUGGGGCCAAGAUGCAAAACAUAGCACACUGCAUGUAACACAUACAGUUACCAUUUGAGGAAAAAAAAACACAAGGAGAAGACACAAAAAUGAAAAGGAUAAUAUUGCUCAAGUCCCUGAGUGGCAUAAUUGAUUGUUGGCCUGGUCCAGCUUGCUCUUCCAUCGAGUGAACACUGGAGGGCAACACCGAUGGGAGAGUCCAGCCCCCAACCCAAGUACGGAUCCCAGUCCACCCCACAGAGGAUCUCCCACACCACCUUGGUGUCUCCUCUCAUGGUCGGCUGCCACAGGCGUCUUCGUGGCAUGAGCCUAAUCCUUGCUCAACUGAGGCAACGCAGCUGCCCUUCCUUCAGUCUCGCCAAGGAACCAGUAAACUGUACUUGUAGUAUUCUAUGUUACCAAUGUCCACAGGGUCUUGCGAUCACAAUAAAAACAUGCAAGAUAAUCACUUGCAUUGCACACCGUCCAGUGGUACGUGACAAGUCCAUAUGACAACACAACAAUGGUACGCAAUAAGUCCAGCUCCAUUGCUAUCGAGCAAUUCACUGAUGGAAUAGUCCUGCAGAACUUGAUGUUCUUAGUAUCCAGCAGUGACUUAUGAUUGUAAAAAGGGCAAACACAUUGAACAAAUACACCUUUGAUUGGACCCAGGGUGCCUGCUGAAUCUGAGUAUGCUGUCAUCUUACUGGACCAAUGAGUCUAUGCCAGCUAGUCCCAGAUUCCCUAUAAGCCCUGUCCCUCCGUGUACCUAUCCAGGUGCAUCUUAAAUCAGGAUUCCCCAACCAUUUUUUGCACCGCGGACCGAUUUAAUUUUGACAAUAUUCUUGCUGACCGGCCGACCUGGUGGGGCGGUGGGGGGGGGUGGUGGUAAGGGUGUUAAUCACGAUCGGAAUAUAGGUGAUAAAUCACUUGUGGCUAAUACACUCAAUUUCGUUUCUAAAAGGGUUUAUCUAACGAAUUUAAUAAUAAACACCCUGCAUAUUUUCCUCCCAUGAAUAUAGUGUUAAGUCAAUUAUUAGUCACAUGUAAGUCAAUAACAUCAAACAUUUUAAGUAACGUUUGGAUAUUAAACACACAGCGCAUACUUUCCUCAUAUGAACAUAUAAAACCAUUGCAACACACCAAUAUCGCUGAAUCAGUGGGAGCCCUGGGCUUGCUUCCCUGCAACAAGACGGUCCCAUCGAGGGGUGAUGGGAGACAGCGAUACUCAAAGGGGGUUCCUUAUGUCCAGUCUAUUCUGCAAUUUAGUUUUUGUUGCAUUUACUGCAAAAAACCCUGCUUCGCAGAGAUAUGAUGUUGGAAAUGGAAGCAACAUUUUCAGUGCUUUCCUGGCUAUCUUAGGAUAUUCAGCCUUGACUUUGAUCCAGAAUGCUGGCAGAGAUGUUAUGUCAAACAUACUUUUCAGCCCACCAUCAUUUGCAAACUCGAGGAGUUGAUCUUCCCAUGCUGACAUGGAUGAUUCACCGGGGACAUUCACAAAUGGGUCACAGACCCAUUCCUUUGCACGUCUUGGGUCAUUUGUGGUUGGGAAGUAACGCUCGAAUUCUGUCGACAGCAAAGUUAGGUGAUCGCGCACCAGUUGUGAGAAGGACGGUGCAGCCUCAGUCUCUCCCAAAAUCCCAGCUAAUAUUGGGAACAUGUCAAAUAUGCCCCCGUCCACUCACUGUCCCCACAGUUCCAGUUUGGCU